AAGCAAAAACAGGAAGUAGACAUGUUUUUUUCUAUUACCGCAGUAAGAGGAAAUUCAUUUCUAAAGUGACCUAAAAUGCAAAUGUUUAUUUAUAAAGUUGUUAAAUUUAUUGAAACUUAAGAACAUCUCCCUACUUGAACAAAUGAGUCUGCGCGCUUUGUGGAUUAUUUCUCACGAAAAAGGGGAGCAUGCAUCAAUACGUUUUUCAAGGAGGUUUGCAACUGUGGAGCUCCGUGCAAAGAGGCUGUCAGGCUCCUCAUAUGUUGCAGUCCCGGAAGAUGAUUGUUUCCUGCAGCUUCUGCUCACUGAGUUGGGACUUUCUGGAUCAAAACAGGCUUUUGUAGCCCAGAGAGAUGAUUGUCUGUAUCGUCCACGGUCACCAGCCUUGGAGCUGCAUAUCACUGCUCCUGGAAAGGGUACACUUUGGCCAGUGUUGGCCAUCUCUCAAGCUCAUCUUACACUGGCUUGCCUUCCUCUAGUUGACGCCUCUCCUGGGCAGCGGCCACCACUGUCCAGUCUGUUAUCAGAGUCACAGGGACUGAGCUUCCUAGCAGGACUGCAGACUUUCCUCCUUGCCCCAGGAAGUAAGCAGGAUGGAGAGGGGUUGGUCUCUCGCCUGGCGCUCUUACCCUCUGUCCUCCUGCAGGUUUGUCCUCUUGGCACACCACUUGAGCUUCCUCUAACAGGGACCCUUGCAAUGCCGUCACCACUCACCUCUGCUGGGAUCCAGAAGCAGCCAGCCUGGAGAACAGGUCUAUACCGGGGUCGAGCUGUCGUGAACGUAUCAGUAGUAGAAACAGUGCGUUCCAUGCAGUAUGGGAAUCGGAGCAGGCAAGAUCUGUGGGAUGUUUAUGGCACCGUGGCAUGCAAAUGUGAAGUGGAGGGUGUGCUCCCAAAUGUGACGGUGACCCUCUCGCUGCCACCAAAUGGUUCUCCGCUGCAGGACAUCCUUGUCCAUCCCUGUGUCACCUCACUAGACUCUAGUGUCCUAACUGCCAGCAGUGUGGAACACUGGGAUGGCUCAGCGUUCUCUGGGCCAUAUAAAUUCCCCUUCUCGCCUCCUCUGGAGCCUUUCAUCCUAUGCAGUUAUACUUCUCAGGUUCCAGUUCCUCCCAUCCUUGGUUCGUAUCAGCUAAAGGAAGAGGAGAGCCAGCUUCAUGUGUCAGUAGUCCUCAAACUUCAUGAGAGUGUGAAGAACAGCUUUGAGUACUGUGAAGCACAUCUGCCUUUUUAUAACAGGGAUCAGAUGGGAGUUGUGGAGGUCAAGGUAAGCUCUGGGCAGCUUGAUGUGUCAAAGGAGAAGAAUCUGCUGGUCUGGGCUCUGGGGCAAAAGUUCCCCAAGACUCGUGAAGUUACAAUGGAGGGUAAGAUUCUGUUUUCUGGGCCGGAACCAGGACCGUCUGAACCCCUCUGCACUGGACUUACUGCUUAUAUUAAGCUGUAUUUCAAAGUGCCUGACACGACUCUGUCUGGCUGUUCUGUAGACCAGCAUUCGGUCCAGGUUUAUUCUUCUGCUAAGCCUCGGAUUGUAACAUCUCGAGAACUUCACUCCAAAGACUACUGGAUUUGGAACUCGACAGGUACUGCCCCGGUGUCCUCAGGUCAAAUGAUUCUGUAAGGAGAGCCUUGGAGGACGAUUCUGCCUUUAAGUUUGCCAUGUUUCUCGCAGUUUUCAGCCUCCCUCACAAUCACAAACACAAAAGCCCCCCUUGACCCGCUGUUGUUCCAACAGUCCCACUUGAGUGACUCCAUAUCAGCCAGAUAAUGAGCAGCUGGGACCUUGUCAUCAGCUGAUGCAGGCCUGGAGUGGAGGGGCGGCUGAGCUGCAAAAGGACAUUCUGCCCCAGCCCCUGGGCUGCCCACAAAGGGCCUCUUUUGAGCUGGUGGAACCCCUUACCCACAUCAGGGGUUGGCCCCCUCCUCUUUUGAUCCUCAUUCCUGGCCUGUCACCCAGUGGCUCGUUCAAACUUGCAACCCUCUCCAGCCAGGCUGAUGGAGCGCUGACCCCUGCGCCCUCUAAGGCUUAAAAGGACCCAGUCCUGCUCUAUGACAAGGGCCUGACUAAUGAGUGGAGUCACAAGGAUGGUGCUGUUCUGUGGCGCUUUAACCUAGUUAAUUCUUAACUUUCAAUCACAAGAUUUAAAGGCAGAAAGCCAUCCACUGAGAUUGUUUCAUUUCUUUGUUUGCUCUCUGCAAUACACAGAGAAGUUACUGAAGCUAUGCAUCCCACUCUGACAUUUCUGCUCCUCUAGCUGCAUCUCAGUGUGUCAAAUUACUAGCUGAUGAAGGGUUAAAUCAAAGGAAAACAUGCUCUACUCUGCACAUAUUCGUCAGCAGCCAGACUCCUCUGAGUGGCUUUAUUGUCUGCCGUUGGCCUCUUGUGCCCCUUGCCGAUCCAAAUGCUACAUUCUCACGUGGAUUUCCACUCAAAAGGCUGACCAUGACCAAUCCUCUGUCAAUUGGAACCAAUUGCUCACACGGCAUCCUUCACCUUCUUUUCAUGUAGCAGCAGUGAGUGGCAGACAUCGAGACCUCUCCGCUCUACUCCUGCAUGAUGAUUUGGCUUUAAGGUCCAAUGUGUGUGGUUAGCGAACCGGAAAAGAAGACUUUUUUUUUUUUUUUUAAAGAAUUAGGCCGCUUUAAAUCUCCUCAAUGUUGCAAAAUGCGGUCUGGCUCCUAGAGUCUGCAGUCGGAGACCUCUCAGAGGCAGGCGUUGCUUUGUUGUGUGCAUCGCAUGACAAAUAGAUGGUUUUAAUGUGCUGCUCGGUCAACUGCCUUCAGACCCCAAUAUUGGCUUAUUUCUUCAACUCAUACGAUUAUUUCAUUUUUGCUUUUUUUUUUAAAUGAACAAUGUCUAAAUGUUGGAUGCUAUUGAUCAGAACCCAAAGAUAAUUGAUUCAUAUGUACAAUAAAAUCAGGAAAGGUGUCAUUCUAAAUCCUUGUAAUUAAUCAUGUUUUCCUUUUAUAUUCAUUCUGUUUUUUCUUUCUUUAGAUGUUUAAGAAAAGAUUUAUGCACGAGUGACGCUCAGCUCAAUAAUGACCCCUAGUGGCAGAUUUUGGGGUGUUUUGUGUGUGUGUGUGGGGGGGGGGGGAGGGUAGUGAUUUCCUGAAACAUACUAUGUGAACUUUAGUAAUGUUGUAAUAAUUUAAGGAAAAAAAAACCAUGUGGUUUGUAUUUUAUUUUUUUGUCUAAAUACUGAUUAGUCUCCAAAAUUUGUUUGCUUAAUUGAAACCUUUUUUUCUCUCAAAAACUUAAUGUUUAUUUCCUUUUUACAAACUAAAUUACCGCUAAACAGGAAAGUCUGAUGGUAGGUUUAAAGGAGGGUCUUAAAUGGAAAAGUCCGAUGGAAGGAGAUUUUUGCUGACUUGACCAGACUUGAGUCAGUCUCUAAACGUUUGUACUCCUCUCUGUCCUAUAGAGGGCGCCAUUAAGUCAUCCAAUAAAACUUGUCAAAGAAAAAAAAAUUAGAGCUGAAAUCAAUUUGAAUUUUCAUUAUUGUUUUUUGUUAAAGAAAAAAAAAAUUCAAGAUCUUUGUAAAAGUUUUUUUAUGGAGAGCUUUAUAAGUUAUCAAAAAAUUAUAUAUGAAAAUAAUGGGUAAUUAGAAAAAAAGGGGAAAGGAGGAGGAUUUUUUGCAGUCAUGUAAAGUCUUUCAUCUAAUGGGUUUGACGCAAAUCAUUCUAAUUUUUUUAAUUUUUAGCAAACUAGAAUGCUGAGGUCUUACAAAAAAACAUGUCAGAAAUAAAGUCACCAAAUUUUUAUCUAUUAAAAAAAAAGUUAAACUCUUCAUUCCAACAAUUAGUUUCAAAUAUUUUUGUGCCAAGCAUUCUGUUGAGAAUACGUAGAACAGAACACAAAUUAGUUGAGGUAGUUCUUGUGUCAAAAAAUCCACUUUGGAAUAUCUUUUAAAAUUAUUUGAUUAAUUUGUUACUGUUGUCAUUGCAAUAUGUCUUUGUUAAGACUUAAAAACCUAUUUUUAUAUAGUCAAUUAUUUCCAUAUUUUUUCACAUUUCUUUUUAGAAUUUAACCAAUGUCACACCAUCACUGGAAAUAAAAUAUUUGUUUCAA